AUGGCUACCCUGUCAACUCCAUCAAUUGAAUCAACUCCAAGGAUUCGAGAAGCCAAUUUUGGUGAGAUUCUCGGCAUCAGGGCCAAUCUUCAACAGCAGGAUAUUGGACCAGCUGACUUAAUCCACAGAUCUGUCUAUGCUGGAUCAAAAUCUGCCUUGUACAAUCAAGAUGACUUUAUUCACGAGAAACAUAAAAAAGACGAUGAUGGAUACGUUGGUUUCUACCAUUACAUCAAUGGGAUGAAACUAGAUAACGUUGAAUCGUAUAUUCUUGAAUUGAUUAAGGUAGGAGCACCAUACCGACGUGACGUGAUUGUUACAUAUUGUUCCUUCAACAUAUUCAACAAUACUGAUUUUCGAAUCAAAUACGUUGUUCACCAUAAAGAUUUACUGAUUGAUAGAACUUAUCAAAUUGGUAGUCGAGUGGUUAAAGCAGUCCCCACCAACUACAAGUUAGAAUUGGAAGCAUCACAAAUUGUUAGAUUGUUUCAUCAAUUGGACAAUCCCGAGUAUCAACCUGUUGGUGUUGCAAGUUUCCCGGAUUUUAUUAAGACCAAAGAAGAUGUUCAAGAAUCACUCAACACAUUAAUCCAGUUUCUCCCCAAAGGGUAUAUGACCGGGACUUCGUCGAUGUAUGGAGCUGUUACUUCUUGUGGGGACGACAGAAAAACAAACUACUACAGAAACCGAUUAGUCGACGCCAUAGUAAGGCUUGACAAACUAGGAGGGUCUGACGGGAUCGCGGAACAGAUCACAACAAUGUUUGGAACCGAGUUCAACUAUGUUAAUCUUAAAUUGGUUAAAGACGAACUUGAAUAUGUUAGGUUGAUUAGUGCCUCAGUAAAGGACUUGUACUCCACACAACUGGCUUUGAUUUUGGUAGAGCAGAUCAAAUUCUUGAUUUCGAGGGAUCAAUUCUUCAUGGCAUUGGAAAUCGCCAAGAAGACCAUUUUGAUUUUACCUUUGGAUUACGAUUGCUGGUUCCACCUUGCAUUGUGUUAUAUAUUGGUCAAGGACUUUGAGAAUGCAUUGUUGGUAAUCAACGCAUUACCAAUUAUCAUAAAUAAACACAAAACUAAUAAAGACCUGCCAGACUUAUUUGUUGACACAUUUAUUGAAAGACUUGAAAUGGAAGAAGUGAUUUCUGAAAAGUGUCUCCACGAGUAUUUCCCUAACCCAAGGAAUGCCGAAGGGAAGGAUCUUGCUUCUGUUGAAAAGUUGUGGCAGGAUUUUUUUGUUUUCAAUCCCUUGGCUAGACAUCCUAUCGUUGGCCAGUAUUUUCUUCAGUCGCCAUUGAUUAACAGCUCGGCUAUAGAAAUUGCGUCAGUCGACACGAUUUUGAUCAAAACUUGUGGUCCGAAUUCAACCAAAAAUAACUUUGCAUCUCAAUCUGAAGGCACCACCAACUCAUCGAUUUUGGAUUUCACAAGAAAAUCUACCUGGGGAAGAACAUAUGAUUUGUUAUCGUUUAUGGUUGCCCUUGUUGGUUGGGAACGAGUCAUUGCUAUUAAGGAACAUAUUUUCAAACUGAGUGUCGAACAAUCAGAUGGUAAAGAUUACGUAGUAGACCACGGAAUCAAAGAGAGAUUGGUUACAUGUGAAACAUGGCUUGAACAAUUAUUCAUUACCAUUUAUGAAGAUCUCCGUUCAUUGAUGAUUACCAUAUCAAACAACAAGAACCAGGAGAGAAGUGCACUUGAAUGGGAAAUGAUUGGGUUGUUGGGUUGGCCAGUGAAGCAUAAUUUACGUGACUCAAUUAGUUCGCUAGUCACAAGUGUUAUGGGCAGAAACCUCCAAGGAGAGUUUGAUUACUUUGGAAUUGUCCAGCUAUUGGAAAUAUAUGAUGAAUUUAUUCUUGAUUGUCCAAGCUACCAUGAUGGCUACAAUGGCAAAUUCUUGAGUAACAAGUUGAUCUUGAAAGUGUCGAGUGACAAGAUGUACGAUAGUCUAAUUAAUUCAUUAGAAGAAGAAUACUUCAAGCUAGACUUUGUACUUCUUGCAAUCAUGAAAUUGGUCAGUUGGACCACACGUUGGUAUCAGUACUCGCCAGGGUAUCUUGUCACCAGUAUUCUACAAAAAUUAAUUGCCAAAUAUGAUCUGGUAUACUUAAUGACUAGAGUGAAGAUCAUCUACGAACUGAAUAAAAGACAGAAAGUGGCUAAAUCUUUAUUUGGUAAGAAGAAAAAGGAACUUCCAUAUGAGUUUACCGAUACAGACACUAUUUACGAGCACAUGGAACAUUUGAUUAACUGGGUCGAUAGUUUCUAUUGA